AUGUGGCUGGGGUUGAAUAUUGUCUGGCUCGGGGCCCUUCUCAUGGGCCUAAAUGGGACCGUAGCCUGGGCAUCUGACAUCCAGCACCACCGCUAUGAGGAGUUAGUGCGGGCCCUGUUCGUAGUGCAGAGCGAGUGCCCAUACAUCACACGGAUCUACAGCAUUGGGCGCAGUGUGGAGGGACGCCACCUCUAUGUACUGGAGUUCAGUGAUAACCCAGGCAUCCACGAAGCAAGUGAGUGGUCCAUUCUUACCUUUAUGGCUUUAGAGAGGGCUUGUGAUGCUUGGUUGACUCACCUCCUGCAAGGUAUGCUACAUGAUGAGAUAAUGGAUAAGAGCAAGAUACAUUUUUUUUUGUCAUUUGGCAGCCAAGCACCUAUCAUUAUGUCUCCAGCAUAAAAUUAAGACCCUCAAUAUUUAUUGGAAAGGAGCAUCACGCUCCUCCUUGUGCACUUUCACCACCCUGUGAAGUUCAUCAUAAAUUAUUGAAUCUGUAGCCUAAUAAACUGUGUGCUUUUCAAAGUAGUAGUGGGAGGACCACACAACAUAGCAUCGCGUGACUGCAAGGGUAUUCUAUCAACAAAUGCACAACCUAGCGUUUCUACUGACAUUUGCAAUAUGAUCUGUUCACCUGUCAAGCAUAUUUGUUUCUGUAGACAUUUGGAAAGUUUACUGACAAUUAUACUGUUUCAGGCCUGACAUGAGUUUUCUUAUCUAUCAGGUACUUUACUCACAUAAAAUGGUUGGAUGGAAACAUUGUUAUUGAUUGGUUUACAUUUAAGAGUUCUUCUGAUGUACCCACCUGGUAACACUUUACCUUAAGUGUACAUUAAUUAAUAUGUAACUAAAUAGCAAUACAUUAACAAUACAUAUUUCUAACAUAGUAGUUAUAUGUAAUUACUAUGUAAAUACUAUGUAAUUACACUGUAAUAAGGGUUUAGCGGUAUAGGUUAUUAGUGGAACAAGGACAUGUAAUUACAAAUCAGCUUGUCUGAGGUUAUUCCACAUGUGUAAUUACUCAUGAUUUAUGUACAUGUAAUUACAAGAUGUCUUGUUCCAAAUGUAACUAACAUGUUCUGUAAUUACACUUUUGCAUUCUCCUGUGUAGCACCAUGUUAACAAUGCAUCCUAUUAUGUAACCUUGUUACAUGUAACUACAUAAGUCCCUACCACCAAAAUAAGCUAGGCUAGGACUCCAUCAGCUGUUGUAACAACGCACACCUUAUCAUUAACUACUGCUUCAGUUAUCUUAUUUCCAUAAUAUCUGGCUUAAAGGAUGUACUGAAUUAAAUGUAAGAACAAUGUAUUUACAAUGGAUAUGCAUGCAACUAUAAUGUACCUACACAGGAGCAAGCAACUUAAUGUAAAGUGAAACACAUAAUGGUAUGACCUUUGUAAAUACUAUGUACCUGCCUUUGAAAGGGAUUUUAGGUUUAUUUCCCUGGCUUAAAAGGUGUAAUGUAAGUGAAAUCUUGUUCAAAAUAAUAUAAUGUACUGUUUAAUGUUAAUGUAGGUACUCAUGAGCAAGCAGCUUCAAGUAAAGUGAAACACAGUAGGGUAUACCUUUUUAUUACAAUCAUUGGGAAAAUACACUUCACUGUAGGAUAAAUGUUGUUACCUGUAAGUGUAAUUACAAUGUACUUUCAAUGCAAUUACAUAUUUCACAGGAUAUAUCAAAAUGUCAGUUAAUACGAUGUUGUUAUAUAGAAAAGUAUCGUAACUACAAUGUUUCUACACAGGAACAAGCAACUUAACGUAAAGUGAAACACAUGUAGUUACUAUGUUACAAUGAUGGCAGACACCCAAUACAGUACUUGUAGUUGUGAUCAAUGGGAAUCCAUCUCAAUCUAGGAAGAAUAUUGUUAUCGAAUGACCAAGUACACAUUAAGAUCUGCCCGUUUGGUUGCAAAAUGCUCUCGUCAAGUAUGCACAUGAAAGACAUGGAGUCAGUAAAUGACCACAAAUGUUUGUAGUCAAUUAAGUAGGCAUUUAAGUAUAUUUAAAUGCAUGUUAGUGCUUUUGGUGUGCUUUUGGUAUGUGUUAAGUACAAUAAAAAACAAGUUUUACAAAAUGUAUUGUAGCAGCGGCAUCCCUUGAAGGCAGGCUUGGUGGGGCCGUGGCUUUGUCUUAGUGCUUUUGGCCUCCCAUGAGACGGAUUGUCAUGCCAGUUAAUGUGUUAUGUUGAGUUCUGUGAUUAAAGGUUAAGCUUGUACACUGCCAGUUCUGCAGUCUUAAUAAGACUGACAUAAUUGCAUGUGAUACCAAAGCGUCUACUAAAGUUUCAUUGUUAAGACAGUCACCAUUUCAUUACAAUACGAGUUGGACAAUUUGUUAUAUUUGCCAUACAUUUUAAUAAAAAAAAAUAUUUCUGACCGGGAGACCUAUGAGGCGGCGCACAAUUGGCCGGGUUAGGGGACAGUUUGGCCGGCUGGGAUGUCCUUGUCCCAUCGUUCUCUAGCGACUCCUUGUGGCGGCCGGGCGCAUGCACGCUGACUUCAGUCGCCAGCUGUACAGUGUUUCCUCCGACACAUUGGUGCGGCUGGCUUUCGGGUUAAGCGAGCAGUGGGUCAAGAAGCAGUGCGGCUUGGCGGGGUCAUGUUUCGGAGGACACAUGACUUAACCUUCGCCUCUCCCGAGCCCGUUGGGGAGUUGCAGCGAUGAGACGUGAUCGUAAUCACGAAAUUGGGGAGAAAAAGGGGGUAAAAAUUACAUCAAAAAAUAUAUAUAUACAGUACCAGUCAAAAGUUUGGACACACCUACUCAUUCAAGGGUUUUUCUUUAUUUUUACUAUUUUCUACAUUAAUAACACAUAUGGAAUCAUGUAGUAACCAAAAAUGUGUUAAACAAAUCAAAAUGUAUUUUACAUUUUAGAUUCUUCAAAGUAGCCACCCGUUGCCUUGAUGACAGCUUUGCACACUCUUGACAUUCUCUCAACAAGCUUCAUGAGGAAUGCUUUUCCAACAGUCUUGAAGGAGUUCCCACAUAUGCUGAGCACUUGUUGGCUGCUUUUCCUUUAAUCUGCAGUCCAACUCAUCCCAAACCAUCUAAUUUGGGUUGAGGUCAGGUGAUUGUGGAGGCCAGGUCAUAUGAUGCAGCACUCCAUCACUCUCCUUCUUGGUCAAAUAGCCCUUACACAGCCUGGAGGUGUGUUUUGGGUCAUUGUCCUGUUGAAAAACAAAUGAUAGUCUCACUAAGUGCAAACUAGAUGGGAUGGCGUAUCGCUGCAGAAUGCGGAGAUCAUCCAUUCACCUACACUGCGUCUCACAAAGACACGGCGGUUGGAACCAAAAAUCUCAAAUUUGUACUCAUCAGACCAAAUGACAGAUUUCCACCGGUCUAAUGUCCAUUGCUCGUGUUUCUUGGCCCAAACAAGUCUCUUCUUCGUAUUGGUUUCCUUUAGUAGUGGUUUCUUUGCAGCAAUUCGACCAUGAAGGCCUGAUUCACACAGUCUCCUCUGAACAGUUGAUGUUGAGAUGUGUCUGUUACUUGAACUCUGUGAAGCAUUUAUUUGGGCUGCAAUCUGAGGUGCAGUUAACUCUAAUGAACUUAUCCUCUGCAGCAGAGGUAACUCUGGGUCUUCCUUUUCUGUGGCAGUUCUCAUGAGAGCCAUGGUUUUUGCGACUGCACUUGAAGAAACUUUAAAAGUUCUUGACAUUUUACCUGAUUGACUGUCGUUUCUCUUUGCUUAUUUGAGCUGUUCUUGCCAUAAUAUGGACUUGGUCUUUUACCAAAUAGGGCAAUCUUCUGUAUACCACCCCUACCUUGUCACAACACAACUGAUUGGCUCAAACGCAUUAAGAAGGAAAGAAAUUCCACAAAUUAACUUUUAACAAGGCACACCUGUUAAUUGAAAUACAUUCAAGGUGACUACCUCAUGAAGCUGGUUGAGAGAAUACCAAGAGUGUGCAAAGCUGUCAUCAAGGCAACGGGUGGCUACUUUGAAUAAUCUAAAAUCUAAAAUAUAUUUUGAUUUGUUUAACACUUUUUCGGUUACUACAUGAUUCCAUAUGUGUUAUUUCAUAGUUUUGAUGUCUUCACUAUUAUUCUACAAUGUAGAAAAUAGUAAAAAUAAAGCAAAACCCUUGUUAGAGUAGGUGUCUCCAAACUUUUGACUGGUAUCUUUAAAGACAUUUCAAUAAUGUAUUUCAGAAUGCAUUUUGAAAUACAUGAAAUACAUGUUCUGAUGCAUUUCAAAUAUAUUUUGAUAUACAUUUAUAAAUACAUUUUAAAUACAUUCCGAAAUACAUGUGACACGUUUCAAGAAACUAGGCGUAUGUAGCACGUCAAAACUUAGCAGAAAUGCCUUCUGGAACAUGUGAACUUUCAUGUGCCUUAAUAACAAACUUGUAUGCCAUCUGUAAAUACGAAUAGAAUUGUUAAAUAACGAGCAUAGUUGGUUUAGCCACGGAAAAAUAUAGGAACCUUCCCGCUAUCCACGAUUGGCUGAGAUAAUGGAUUGUCUGGACAUGCCGAGAGAUGAGUUCGGAUUGGUCUGAUAUGUAGUAUGCUUCUGUCUAUAACACGAGCUGCUAAGUAUGUGUGGAUAAUCCUGUCUACCAGAGUAAGGAUAUCCAACAAUUGGAACUAAAUCAUCCGCAACCUGUAUUCAGAAUGACUGCCAAUGUAGGGAAGGUUGAUGAAUCAGACUACCUAAACCAUCUAAACUGGAACAACCAUCUCAGUAAUGGGUGUAAUAAGUACAACUACUAACAGAUUGGAUUAGUUUAGAAAUAUGUAGCACAAGAUCAAUCAAUAAAUGAAUGCACAUGCAAAACCCCAGAUAUUUGUAUUUAUUUGUAUUUAUUAUGGAUCCUACUCUUCCUGGGGUCCAGCAAAAUUAAGGCAGUUCAUAAUUCUUUUUAAACAUUACAAUACAUUAACAAAUUUCACAACACACUGUGUGCCCUCAGGCCCCUACUCCACCACUACCACAUAUCUACAGUACAAAAAUCCAUGUGUAUGUGUGUGUAUAAUGCGUAUGUUAUCAUGUGUGUGUAUGCUUGUGUCUGCACCUAUGUUUGUUGAAACAAACAAUUCUAAAAAUCAACCUCAAUAGAGCAUGCUGGGAAAUAUGAUAAUGAUGGGCAUGGUUUUGAGUGUUUUACUCUACACAGAGUGAAAAUGAUAACCAUCCUGAUCUCGCAAGUUCACAUUCUGUUUCCGUACAUGGAUACAAUCGGGCCACGACCAGAUUCAAACCGUUUGAGCUAGGGGCGUUGAGGAAAAUUAUCAACCAAUCAGAACAACGUACCAUAUGAAGGGUCUCAUUUCACUCAAUGUCUAUAUAUAAACAACAGUACCGCAAGCAGGGCAGUGUAUCUAGUUAGCAUGUCUGUUGACGAUUAUUUCCAUCUGUGCAUAAAAGGCACUUUAGGGCAUACCAAGAGGAUGUUAGACCCAUCAAAGGCAGCAGAUGAGAAAAAUGUUAAUGAACGACUAAUGGUAUUGCCUCAACUUCCCGGUCGUUUGAUUAGAAUUUACGUCAGGGGCCGGUUGCACCAGUUGGUCAUAAGUAGGUCGUAACUCUACGUCCGAUGUAAAAUGCGCUCCACGCCAGACCCCAAUAUUUGACUUGUUGCACCAACUGAGCUAGUAGGGAGCAGACGUAGGGUGUUAAAUUGGGACUCUAUUCUUUCAUGAUAUGCACAGAAAAUAAUAGCAAUCUAUAUUUUCAAAAGCAUGUGAGUCUAGUGUUCAUAUUUCAUGACCUCAGUGGGCUUUUCGAGUUGCCGAGUCAAUAGCAAAAUAAUACACUUGAUUUAUGCUACAUAGCAUGCUAAAUGUGUCUGAACAGAUAUUAGUAAACAUAUAGAUGAGCUGCCACCUCCACUUAUUUGCCCAGCAAGAGAUCAAAUAACCAAACAUACAGACAGAGAUUCAGUGAAACAAAAUCACAUUGGUUGAUUUUCAGACAAGUCAACGGCUUUUGGUUGGGAUACUACGCGAGUGAAGAGCAAAAACCUGUUAUACUAGGCUAGCGUACGCUACAUAGCUAGCUAACAUGCUAGCAAAAUGUUCUUAUUACACUGUUAGAUGAGCAAACUAGACUAAAGGAUAUCAUCAUGAACAUUCACCUCAAUUUGGCUAACAUUUUCCCUGCCUAAUUGUAGCCAAAUAUCAAAACGUAGAUUCCGUGAAAACAAAAAUCAUAACAGUACUGAAAUUAUUGUUGACCACAAAUGGCUAUUGCUUUAAAUUAUUUUAAAUGUUUGGAUUACUUUGGGAGUUUCAGUAAGCAACAAUAUGUAUGAUACAUUCCUUCAAUGGCAUUAGCCUACUUUAAUCCAAUAUUUUCGUAAUUCAGUGUUAUUCAUUCCCACAGUAAUUAUUGAUUGAUCCAUCCAGUUGUGGUUAAGAAAACGUGCAUGCAUGGUGGUGGGCUUUGCGAAGUGAUUGGCGUAGCGACAUGCGCUGCCGAGCAACCAUCAUUAUGAAGCAUCAAAUCUCAUGAAAGCAUUUCUUACGCCGGACUUAGCUUCGACUAGUGUUAUUUUUGGUUGGUGCAACAGGUGUAAAUUCUGAUCCCAAAGUCGGACUUAGCUACGCCCGACCUAGCAUUUAAAACCAACUUUUUAACGCCCAACUGGUGAAACCGGCCCAAGAUCAGAAGAGGAUUUCGCAAUUUUUGCCAAGUCCCAAUGUCGAAGCAACUACUUCGACUGCUGACAAACGGGACCGGGAGCCAUCACCUUCAAAGACCCAAAGCACUCUAAAAAAAAGUUAUGUCCCAAUCUACCGAGAUGCAGAACAGAACACACUGCAAAUUUCAUAUGCUCAAUGUGGGACUAUUCCUGUGUUUCAACAUUCAUAAAAAAAUAUUAUAGAUAGAAUCUACAAAAUGAUUCUAGAAGAAUACAACUUAAGCAAAACUAUAUUAAACCUUGUCAGUCCAAAUCCAACGUUGUAUAUUUAGGGUUCAAGCAGUGAAGCUGGUGAAACCCUAUUGUAUUUUUCUUCAGUCAUUAUUAGGGGUUCAGCAGUGAAGCUGGUGAAACCCUGUUGUAUUUCUUCUGGUUUAUUAGGGGUCCAUGCCCCGAAGGAACCCUAUUAUUAUUAUUUUCCAAUCUUUGGAGAGCUUUAGCUCUUAAAUGGUAAGAUCUACAGAGAUCAAACUUGAUGGGAUGGUGUAAGUAAGUGCACGAAUACAUCUGGUGCAACUUGGCCAAAAGAUGGCCCUAUAAACAACAUUUGAUUUCAAAAAGUCAGCCCCAACACAUCGUUUGACCUAGAGUCCGGAAAUUGGUACGAAGGUUCUUCUCCACCGAAGGAACAUAUUUGCCUCUACGACCGAUGGCGUCACCAUGAUGGAUCAUCCGCCAUUUUGAAAAUGUUAAUUGUUCUACAUUUUUAAACAACGUAUCCUCAGAAACCACUCAACCGAUCUCUCCGAAACCUGGCGUAGAGCAUCUAUAGACCAAUAUCUUUAAAUGCAUUAAUAAUAAAGUUGAUAAACUUCCAGUCAAAAGUUUGUACAUACCUACUCAUUCAAGGGUUUUUCUUUAUUUUUACUAUUUUUUACAUUAUACAAUAAUAGUGAAGACAUCCAAACUAUGAAAUAACACAUUUGGAAUCAUGUAGUAACCAAAAAAAGUGUUAAAUCAAAAUAUAUUUUAAAUUGGAGAUUUAAACGUCAGUCAAUACGGAAACUUUGAACGUGCAGUCGCAAAAACCAUGAAGUGCUAUCAUGAAACUGGCUCUCAUGAAGACCGCCACAGGAAUGGAAGACCCAGAGUUAUCUCUGCUGCAGAGGAUAAGUUCAUUUGAGUUACCAGCCUCAGAAAUUGCAGCCCAAAUAAAUGCUUCACAGAGUUCAAGUAACACACACAUCUCAACAUCAACUGUUCAGAGGAGACUGUGUAAAUCAGGCCUUCAUGGUCGAAUUGCUGCAAAGAAACCACUACUAAAGGACACCAAUAAGAAGAAGAGACUUUCUUUGGCCAAGAAACACUAGCAAUGGACAUUAGACCGGUGGAAAUGUGUCCUUUGGUCUGGAGUCCAAAUUGGAGAUUUUUGGUUUCAACCGCCGUGUCUUUGUGAGACGCGGUGUGGGUGAACAGAUGAUCUCCGCAUGUGUAUUUCCCACCGUAAAGCAUGGAGGAGGAGGUGUGAUGGUGUGCUGGUGACACUGUCUGUGAUUUAUUUAGAAUACAAGGCACACUUAACCAGCAUGGCUACCACAGCAUUCUGCAGCGAUACGUCAUCCCAUCUGGUUUGGGUUUAAUGGGACUACCAUUUGUUUUUCAACAGGACAAUGACCCAACACACCUCCAGGCUGUGUAAGGGCUAUUUGACCAAGAAGCAGAGUGAUGGCGUGGUGCAUCAGAUGACCUGGCCACCACAAUCCCCCGACCUCAACCCAAUUUAGAUGGUUUGGGAUGAGUCGGACCACAGAGUGAAGGAAAAAGCAGCCAACAAGUGCUCAACAUAUGUGGGAACUCCUUCAAGACUAUUGGAAAAGCAUUCCAGAUGAAGCUGGUUGAGAGAAUGCCAAGAGUGUGCAAAGCUGUCAUCAAGGCAAAGGGUGGCUAUUUGAAAUAUAUUUUGAUUUGUUUAACACUUUUUUGGUUACUACAUGAUUCCAUAUGUGUUAUUUAUAGUUUUUAUUUCUUCACUAUUAUUCUACAAUGUAGAAAAUAUUAAAAAUAAAGAAAAACCUGGAAUGAGUAGGUGUGUCCAAACUUUUGUCUUGUACUGUAUCUUAAACGUCAUUACAGCUGUGAGCCAAUGAAGUAGAGUGAGUUUGGCCCUUACAAUUCAAGUCGUUCUUGGAGGGAAUGGAGCCUCCUUCUGGGAAUGCCUCUCUACAAUGUUCCCUGAAGUGUACACUGGUCCACUACCCACAUUGAUUAAAAACUAUAAAAUUGGUGUGAGUACCAGAGAUGAAGUCAAGACUGGAACCGUUUAGAUCCAGACCCAGACCAAGACUAGACUUUCUAAGACCCAGACCAAGGGCCAGUAGAUCGAGACUAUGACCAGACCAAGAGCAGUUUAAAUGGGUAAAAAUAAGAUCCAGUAGAGUAAACUUGAGUAGAGUAUAGUUCUGUACAGUACAGUUCAGUAUAGUAGAGUACAGUAAAGUUCAGUACAGUUCAUUACAGUAGAGUACAGAAAAGUAAAGUACAGUAUAGUUCAGUUUAGUUCAGUACAGUAGAGUAUAGUUCAGUACAGUACAGUAAAGUACAGUAAAGUACAGUAAAGUACAGUAAAGUACAGUAAAGUUCAGUACAGUAUAGCUCAGUACAGCAAAGUAAUGUACAGUACAUUACAGUACAGUAGAGCACAUUAGAGUAGAGUAGAGUACAAUACAGUACAUUAUAGACGUCUAUGGUUGGGCCAAAUAUACUGUAAUUCUAUGUUUGUGCUCUUGGAGGGUUGGAGACACUUGCAGGCUAUGCAUGUCAAUACCCUAUAUGUUUUCCUGAAGUGUGCACUUGUCCACUACCCACAUGGUGGUCCUCUGUAGCUCAGUUGGUAAAGCAUUGCAGGAUGGUGGGUUCGAUUCUCACGACCACACUAAUAUAAAAAAUAUAUGCAUGCAUUACCGGGUUCAAAUCCAGCCGGUUUCAAAAAGACUUCCCUAGACAGUGAGAGAUUGUUGUUGUUAUACCUGAACCACAUUUAAAGACUUGUAAAAUAAGAUCUUUAAAUGCAUUAUAUAUUAAGUUGAUAUCUUAAACAUUAUGGCUGCUGUGACCCAAUGAAGUUUGGGCAUGACAAUUCAAGUCGUUCUUGGAGGGAAUAGAGCCCCCUGCUGGCCAUGCCUCUCAAUACUCUACAAUAUUUCCUGAAGUGUAUAACAUUGGUGUGAGUACCAGCGAUGAAGUCAAGACCAAAGCUUAUUAGAUCUAGACCCAGACUUUCUGAAACCCAGACCAAGGACCAGUUUAUCGAUACCAUGACCAGACCAAGACCAGUUUAAAUGGGGGAAAAACAAGAUCCAGUAGAGUAAACUUGAUUAUGGUUCAGUAUACUACAGUUUAGUUCAGUACAGUAAAGUACAGUACAGUACGGUAGAAUAUAGUUAAGUACAGUAUAGUUCAGUACAGUAUAGUUCAGUGCAGGACAGUACAGUGCAGUAGUGUACUGUUCAGCACAGUACAGUAAAGUACAGUAUAGUACAGUACAGUAUGGUAGUUUAGUUCAGUUCUGUGCUGUACAGUAUAGUACAGUAUAGUUCAGUACAGUUCAGUACAGUAAAGUACAGUAUAGUGCAGUAAUGUAAUGUAAUAUGCAGUACAGUAGGUACAGUACAGUAAUGUACAGUGUAGUAUUAUUUAUUUAACCUUUAUUUUGAUAGGGAAGUAAUUCUGAGACUAGGGUCUCUUUUACAGAUGAGCCCUGCAUAAAUACAUCCAACACGUACAGUAUACAAUAUACUUAAAAAAAAAACAUAUUAAGAAAAACAGACAACUUUUAUCAGCGUAGAGGUCUCCGAUCAUUACUCUGAACUGACCAAAGGGGACCAGAACAUCUAAUUUCAGAAAGCUUUGUAAGUUGUUCAACAUAAAGGGUGCAAAAAAACUUAAAGCGGCUUUACCCAACUCUGUGGAGACCAAAGGGGCCUCCAGUGUUAUCCAAGCCUGAGACCGUGUUUGGUAAUUCGGAAGUCUAAAUUGAAUUAAUGAUGAUAGAUACAUAGGAAGUUUUUGCAUGAGUGCUUUGUAGAUAAACACAACAAAAUGCUGCUCUCUCCUUAUAUACAAAAAGGCUCAACCCACUUUUGGAUACAAAACACAAUGGUUACCAGUAAUAAACCUAAGGGCACAAUGAAAAACAGCAUCUAGUGGUUUAAGUGUAGAUGCUGCUGCAUGCAUAUGUGACCGACUGCCUCGAUUUGGUCUCAUGUAAGUAGAGACUCAGAGCUAUAAAAUCAUACAAUGCAGUUGAGGAACAAUGGAAAAAUAAUUCUGUUUUGAAAGUUGAUCAAAUUGUAACCCCACUUUUGAGCAAAAUGGUCCGUAAAUGUUUUGGUAUACCUACUGGAGAGCUCUUCUUUGUCUACACCCAUUCAGCAUCGUUCAAACCCUCUAAAGCCUUAGCCCCACCCAUCUCUUUAGGGAUUUACAUGUGAGGUCAUGUGCUAAACAGAGUGAGUAAGGUAGUGUAGUAGAUUACAAUAAGUAGUAGCUUACAAUAAGGAAAAACUCCAGGUAAAAACACACUUUAUCUAGUCCUUGACCUAUAUCCUAAUCUGAUUUUGGUGCAGGUCGUGUUGUUCUUCACAUUGCCGUCUCUGGUAAACACACACUAUAUAAAUAAAAAACUAAGUUUAUUUGUCACAUGCACAGGAUACAGAAGGUGUAAACAGUACAGUGAAAUGGUUAAUUGCAUAUUUGCAUAGUAGCAAUAUUAAAAAUAGAAAGUGUCCAGUAAAAAUAUUUUAUAAAUGUUGUAUAGUUAUUAGAUGAUGCUUACCCCCUAGGGUCAUGUGAAAGAAAUGCUAGAACCACCCCCCAGCCACAUCUAGCUAAUUGGAUGGGUCACUACAGAAGGUAUAAAUGGUACAGUGAAAUGGCUACUUGCAUAUUUGCAUAGUAGCAAUAUCAAAAAUAGAAAGUGUCAAUAAAAAAAUAAUAAAACAAGAACAAAAAGGGUCAAUGCCAAUAGAGUAAGAACAAAAUAAUAUACAGUAUGUACAAUAACAAUAUCAAUAAUGAUAUCAGUAAUACUGGUGAUAGAUGAGGUAGUUAUAUGCAUACAAUCAGGGGUAAAGUGGCUGACCAGCAGGAUAAAAAAAUAAAUAGAAGCAGCAAAGUAUGGUGUGUGUGUGUGUGUGUGUGUGUGUGUGUGUGUGUAUGUGUUAGUAGAGAGUCAUGUGAAUGUGCAUAGAGGCACUGCAGAUAGUCCAGAUGACCGGGAACUCGCCCCCAGUAAUGAAUAUUACAUGACAUUACAUUUCAUAACACUUUACCCAAUACAUUUAGUGUGUUCCCUCAGGCCACUACUCCACUAUCACAUAUUUACAAUAAAUCCAUGUGUACGUGUGUCUAGAGUGCAUGUCUUAUCAUGUGUGUGUGGGUCUAUGUCUCUUCAUAGUCCCCGCUGUUCCAUAAGGUGUAUUUUUAUCUUUUUUAUUUUUUAUUUUUUAAAUCUGAUACUACUGCUUGGAUCAGUUACCUGAUGUGGAAUAGAGUUCCAUGUAGCCAUGGCUCUAUGUAGUACUGUGUGCCUCCCAUAGUCUGUUCUUGACUCUGGGAUUGUGGAGAGACCUUUGGUGGGAUGCAUGGGUGUCCGAGCUGUGUGCUAGUAGUUUAAACAGACACCUCAGUGCAUUCAGCAUGUCUACACUUCUUACAAAAACAAGUAGUGAUGAAGUCAAUCUCUCCUCCACUUUGAGCCAUGAGAGAUUUACAGUGGGGAGAACAAGUAUUUGAUACACUGCCGAUUUUGCAGGUUUUCCUACUUACAAAGCAUGUAGAGGUCUGUAAUUAUUAUCAUAGGUACACUUCAACUGUGAGAGACGGAAUCUAAAACAAAAAUUAUGAAAAUCACAUUGUAUGAUUUUUAAGUAAUUAAUUUGCAUUUUAUUGCAUGACAUAAGUAUUUCAUCACCUACCUACCAGUAAGAAUUCCGGCUCUCACAGACCUGUUCGUUUUUCUUUAAGAAGCCCUCCUGUUCUCCACUCAUUACCUGUAUUAACUGCACCUGUUUGAACUCGUUACCUGUAUAAAAGACACCUGUCCACACACUCAAUCAAACAGACUCCAACCUCUCCACAAUGGCCAAGACCAGAGAGCUGUGUAAGGACAUCAGGGAUAAAAUUGUAGACCUGCACAAGGAUGGGAUGGGCUACAGGACAAUAGGCAAGCAGCUUGGUGAGAAGGCAACAACUGUUGGCGCAAUUAUUAGAAAAUGGAAGAAGUUCAAGAUGACGGUCAAUCACCCUCGGUCUGGGGCUCCAUGCAAGAUCUCACCUCGUGGGGCAUCAAUGAUCAUGAGGAAGGUGAGGGAUCAGCCCAGAACUACACGGCAGGACCUGGUCAAUGACCUGAAGCGAGCUGGGACCACAGUCUCAAAGAAAACCAUUAGUAACACACUACGCCAUCAUAGAUUAAAAUUCUGCAGCGCACGCAAGGUCCCUCUGCUCAAGCCAGCGCAUGUCCAGGCCCGUCUGAAGUUUGCCAAUGACCAUCUGGAUGAUCCAGAGGAGGAAUGGGAGAAGGUCAUGUGGUCUGAUGAGACAAAAAUAGAGCUUUUUGGUCUAAACUCCACUCACCGUGUUUGGAGGAAGAAGAAGGAUGAGUACAACCCCAAGAACACCAUCCGAACCGUGAAGCAUGCAGGUGGAAACAUCAUUCCUUGGGGAUGCUUUUCUGCAAAGGGGACAGGACGACUGCACCGUAUUGAGGGGAGGAUGGAUGGGGCCAUGUAUCGCGAGAUCUUGGCCAACAACCUCCUUCCCUCAGUAAGAGCAUUGAAGAUGGGUCGUGGCUGGGUCUUCCAGCAUGACAACGACCCAAAACACACAGCCAGGGCAACUAAGGAGUGGCUCCUAUGUCAUGCAAUAAAAUGCAAAUUAAUUACUUAAAAAUCAUACAAUGUGAUUUUCUGGAUUUUUGUUUUAGAUUCCGUCUCUCACAGUUGAAGUGUACAUAUGAAAAAAAUUACAGACCUUUACAUGCUUUGUAUGUAGGAAAACCUGCAAAAUCGGCAGUGUAUCAAAUACUUGUUCUCCCCACUGUACAUGCAUAUUAUUCAUGUUAGCUCCCGUGUACAUUUAAGGGCCAGCCAUGCUGCACUGUUCUGAGCCAAUUGUAAUUUUCCGAGGUCUUUCUUUGUCCCACCUGACCACCCGAUUGAAUAGUGGUGUUAACCCCUGGGAUGUUAACCCCUGUCACAGUGCUGUUCUUCACCACACCAGCAAUCUCUGACAAAGUGUUCACUGUGGUCUUUCUGAGGCGCUGCUUGAUGAGGCUGAAGCACCAGUCAGGGGCAAACUUGGUGUGGCCUGUGAUCAGGAAGUGAAGGUCCUGACUGUGGUGGAGCUUGUGCAUGGUCCGUCAGGCACAAUACCAGAGCACAAACUUGUUCUUGUUAAAAAGUAGGUCCCAGAGCACAAACUUGUUCUUGUUAAAAAGUAGAUGGGACCUGGCUGCAUACAGUCAGAAGGAUAGUGCACCUGCAAACAACAACAAAAGAACAUUAGAGAAAUAUAAAUUAAUUGUCAAAUCCCUGUCAGUCUGUCUUUACACAUGUCAGUGAAAGACACGUGCCUGCUUCCCAUUUAUAAAAACAAAUAAAUGAUAACCUUUAUUUUAUCAGGGAGUCAUACUGAGACCAAGGUCAAUUUUACAGAUGAGCCCUGAAUUACAUAAAUUACAGAAAAUACACACAUCAAUAUAAAUACAAAAUGCAAGCAGAAAAAUAAACACAGUCAUAAAAAACAAACACAUUCAUCAGUAAUAAGGUCCUCAAUCAGUAUAAAGGAGGAAAUGUUGCUUACCUGUUGAGAAAAAUCUAAGCUGUAAUGCAUCCUGAUGUCAUUGCUUGCUGGUUCAGUAGGGCCCCCCAGAGACAACUGCAGGUCUUGACAGGUGGUCUUGCAGUCAGCAACCAUCUUCUGGUAGACAGACCGCUCACUCUGAACAAGCAGGAGAUGCUGCUCUUGUUUCUUCAGCUUGGCUGAUUUAACAGCUUCUGGCAGAUUGGCAGAUCUGAAUACCUGAUAGUUGUUCCUCUGGCACUGCAAGCACAGGUCUGUCCUGGGCUUAGCGCUUGAGGUGUGGGGCAACAAUUUUCUCUACAGACUCCUGAAGGAAGACAGCUCGACUGCACGUACAUCUGAAAAUACAUAAAUAAUGUCAGAUCAAUAAAAGUAGUGCCAAUCACGUUGGAGGUAAUUGAAAUAAUCAAAAUAUGUGUUGUUUAUGCUUUACAUACCAAGUGUUGUCAUCGAUUCCUUGUAGAGACGCCACACCGCUGCUUUUGUCACAUGAGAUGGCAGCAGCUUUCAACCAAAGCGUUUGUGUCCUGGGUGGCGUCCUGGUAAUACUAUUGCAUUAUCCUCUGCAUAGUUGUUGAUGAAGUUCACAACUCGCUGCAAGUCCUCAUGCUUCAGGUGUAACCUGUGCUUGCUUGGGCUGGCUCUCUUUUUGAUGGGAGGCAUCAGACCCUUCUCCUUGUAUGACUGGUGGAGGAGAGUCUGGAGGAGAGUGAAAGACAAAUUCCAGAAACAAAUAUUUGUGCAUUAUUAAACAAUAGAUGGCCGUAAUCAGUUGUGUUGUGUAUAGCCCUAUUUGGUAAAAGACCAAGUCCAUAUUAUGGCAAGAACAGCUCAAAUAAGCAAAGAGAAAUGACAUGAAAGAAAAAUGACAUGAAGGUCAGUCAAUACGGAACAUUUCAAGAACUGAAAGUUUCUUCAAGUGCAGUCACAAAAACCAUCAAGCGCUAUGAUGAAACUGGCUUUCAUGAGGACCACAACAGGAAUGGAAGACCCAGAGUUACCUCUGCUGCAAAGGAUAAGUUCAUUAGAGUUACCAGCCUCAGAAAUUGCAGCCCAAAUAAAUGCAUCACAGAGUUCAAGUAACACACACAUCUCAACAUCAACUGUUCAGAGGGGACUGUGUGAAUCAGGCCUUCAUGGUCGAAUUGCUGCAAAGAAACCACUACUAAAUGACACCAAUAAUAAGAAGAGACCUGCUUGGGCCAAGAAACACGAGCAAUGGACCGGUGGAAAUGUGUCCUUUGGUCUGGAGUCCAAAUUGGAGAUUUUUGGUUCCAACCACCGUGUCUUUGUGAGACACGGUGUGUGUGAACGGAUGAUUUCCAAAUGUGUAGUUCCCACCGUAAAGCAUGGAGAGGAGGUGUUAUUGUGUGGGGGUGCUUUGCUGGUGACUCAGUCUGUGAUUUAUUUAGAUUUCAAGGCACACUUAACCAGCAUGGCUACCACAGCAUUCUGCAGUGAUACGCCAUCCCAUCUGGUUUGGGCUUAGUGAGACUAUCAUUUGUUUUUCAACAGGACAAUGACCCAACACACCUCCAGGCUAUGUGAGGGCUAUUUUACCAAGAAGGAGAGUGAUGGAGCGGUGAAUCAAAUGACCUGGCCUCCACAAUCACCCGACCUCAACCCAAUUGAGAUGGUUAGGGAUGAGUCGGAUGGCAGAGUGAAGGAAUAGCAGCCAACAAGUGCUCAGCAUAUGUGGGAACUCCUUCAAGACUAUUGGAAAAGCCUUCCAGGUGAAGCUGGUUGAGAGAAUGCCAAGAGUGUGCGAAGCUGUCAUCAAGGCAAAGGGUGGCUAUUUGAAGAAUCUAAAAUGUAAAAUAUAUUUUGAUUUGUUUAACACUUUUUUGGUUACUACAUGAUUCCAUAUGUGUUAUUUCAUAGUUUUUAUGUCUUCUCUAUUAUUCUACUUCAACUUGAGCACCUUUCUUUUAAACCCUUGAAUGAGUAGGAGUGUCCAAACCUUUUACUGGUACUGUAUGUAUGUGUGUAUACACAGUGCAUUCGGAAAGUAUUUGGUACCCUUCCCCUUGACUUUUUCCACAUUUUGUUACGUUACAGCCUUAUUCUAAAAUGGAUUUAAUUGUUUUUUCCUCAUCAAUCUACACACAAUAGCCCAUAAUGACAAAGCAAAAACAGGUUUUUAUAAAUUUUCGCAAAUGUAUUUUUAAAUAAAAAAUUUAAAUAUAACAUUUACAUAAGUAUUCAGACUCUUUACUCAGUACUUUGUUGAUGCACCUUUGGCAGCAAUUACAGCCUUGAGUCUUCUUGGGUAUGACGCUACAAGCUUGGCACACCUGUAUUUGGGGAGUUUCUCCCAUUCUUCACUGCAGAUCCUCUCAAGCUCUGUCAGGUUGGAUGGGGAGCGUUGCUGCACAGCUAUUUUCAGGUCUCUCCAGAGAUGUUCGAUCGGGUUCAAGUCCGGGCUCUGGCUGGACAUUCAAAGACAUUCAGAGACUUGUCCUUAAGCCACUCCUGCAUUGUCUUGGCUGUGUGCUUAGGGUUGUUGUCCUGUUGGAAGGUGAACCUUUGCCCCAGUCUGAGGUCUUGAGCGCUCUGGAGCAGGUUUUCAUCAAGGAUCUCUCUGUACUUUGCUCUGUUAAUCUUUCCCUUGAUCCUGACUAGUGUCCCAGUCCCUGCCGCUGAAAAACAUCCCCACAGCAUGAUACUGCCACCACCAUGCUUCAAUGUAGGGAUGGUGCCAGGUUUCCUCCAGAUGUGACGCUUGGCAUUCAGGCCAAAGAGUUCAAUCUUGGUUUCAUCAGACCAGAGAAUCUUGUUUCUCAUGGUCUGAGAGUCCUUUUGGUUCCUUUUGGCAAACUCCAAGCGGGCUGUCAUGUGCUUUUUACUGAGGAGUGGCUUCCGUCUGGCCACUCUACCAUAAAGGCCUGAUUGGUGGAGUGCUGCAGAGAUGGUUUUUCUUCUGGAAGAUUUUCCAAUCUCCACAGAGGAACUCUGGAGCUCUGUCAGAGUGACCAUCAGAUUCUUGGUCACCACCCUGACCAAGGCCCUUCUCCCCCGAUUGCUCAGUUUGACUGGGCGGCCAGCUCUAGGAAGAGUCUUGGUGGUUCCAAACUUCUUCCAUUUAAGAAGGAUGGAGGCCACUGUGUUAAUUGGGGACCUUCAAUGCUGCAGAAAUGUUUUGGUACCCUUCCCCAGAUCUGUGCCUCGACACAAUCCUGUCUCGGAGCUCUACAGACAAUUCCUUCGACCCAAUGGCUUGGUUUGUGCUCUGACAUGCACUGUCAACGGUGGGACCUUAUAUAGACAGGUGUGUGCCUUUCCAAAUCAUGUCCAAUCAAUUGAAUUUACCACAGGUGACUCCAAUCAAGUUGUAGAAACACCUCAAGGAUGAUAAUUGGAAACAGGAUGCACCUGACCUCAAUUUUGAGUCUCAUAGCAAAGGGUCUGAGUACUAAUGUAAAUAUGAUAUUUAUGUUUUUUAUUUUUAAUACAUUUGGAAAAAAUUCCAAAAACAUGUUUUCGCUUUGUCAUUAUGGGGUAUUGUGUGUAGAUUGAUGAGGGGAAAAAAAGAUUUAAUACAUUUUAGAAUAAGGCUGUAACGUAAUUUUUUGGGGAAAAGGUCAAGGGGUCUGAAUACUUUCCGAGUGCACUGUAUGUAAUAUUCGGCUGAGGUUAUCCAAGGAUAAACGCUUUUUAACAAAACCGCUUUGGUCCGUGUGGACAAAUUUGGGUAAGUAAGUCUCGGAACGACAACAUUUUGGAAAAUAUCUGUGUUUAUCAAAAAUAGGGGACGAUGGUGAGAACACUGGGUGGCAUCCUUACCUUUUUUUAAUAAAAGCUAAAUUUGUGCUGUAUUCACAUCUCUCCCAAAUGAACCUUUGUGAAGAGCUGUAUUAAUCAUUUCGAGCAAUAGUGGACCCUAAUUGAUUCCCAAAUUUUAAAAUAAACCUCAGGAGGAAUACCGUACCAUCCAGAUGAUUUGCCUUUAUUCAUGCUAUCCAAUGCCCUUUAAGAACCUUGAGAGGGAUUUGGGCUCCCAGCGAGGUGGCUUCCUUUGUUGAGAGACUAGGAGUUCUUAAUUCUUUUAAAAAGGACAGUCUGACUUGGUGUGGAUUUACAAUCAGAGGUGUACUGUUCUUUAUAGAAGUGCUAAAAUAUUUUAUUGAUUAAUUUGGGUUCUGAUAGUAAUUCCCCUGUUUCAGAUUCAAUAGUUGCUAUAUCAGCUAAUUGAUCAUUACUCCGUAGCUUGUUGGCCAGUAAACGACUGGGACGAUUACCAUGGAAGUAAUGGUUGAGUCUUACUUGAUGGAUGGCAAAUUCUGCUCUCUGUCUUAUGAAUAAAUUAAGUUCCGUCUUGACUUUGGAAAGAGUAAUAGCUACCUGGUCUGAAAAGAGUGUUUGUUAAGAACGCUCUAACAAAGUUAACAACAUUUCCAAAUCGGAUAUCUUCUUUAAUUGUGAUUUAUUCAACCCAGAUGCAAAUGCAGUUGCAUUAUUUUUAAUAAAACCUUUGGUGGCAUACCAUUGAAUCCGGGGGUCAUCAACUUAAUUUUUGUUGAUCAUUAUGAAUUAAUUUAGUUCCAUUUCAAAUUGAUCACAGAAUGUAGGAUUUUGUAGUAAUGAAACGUUGAAACGCCAUCUUGUGGCUCUUUUAGGAGAUCCUGAAAUUUGCAGUUGGCAGUAGUAAGCCCGGUGGUCAGAAAAGCUCAUAUGUUGAAUUUGGUGUAGAUAAUAGUAUGAAAUCGAUUCGUGAGAAUGAUUUAUGCCUGUUUGAGUAGAAAGUGUACUCUUUUGCUUUAGGAUGACGUUGUAAUCAGAGAGUAUAUGCUGGAGAGCAUUGGUUGCAUGUGGAUUGUAGUUGGUCUUAUUAUAUUUGUCCCGCAUGUCCAAAAUGCCACUCAUGUCUGUCCCAAUAACCAGAUGGAAUUCAAUUAAUAAAAAAAUAUGCUGCUCAGAGAAGCCAAAAAAUGUACAGCGCUUACAUACCCUUUGACUUAUUCCAAAUGUUGUUGUGUUACAGACGGAAUUCAAAAUUGAUUAAAUAUAUGUUUUUUCUCACCCAUCUAAACAAAAUAAACCAGAAUGACAAAGUGAAAACAUGUUUUUAGAAAUGUUAGCAAAUGUAUUGAAAAUGAAAUACAGAAAUAUCUGAUUUAUAUAAGUAUUCACACCCCUUUGCUAUGACACUCCGAUUUGGCUCAGGUGCAUCCAAUUUCCUUUGAUCAUCAUUGAGAUGUCACUACAACUUGAUUGGAGUCCACUUGUGGCCAAUUCAAUUGUUUGGACAUGAUUUAGAAAAAAACACACCUGUCUAUAUAAGGUCAUAGUUGACAGUGCAUGUCAGAGCAGAAACUAUACCAUGAAGUCUGGGGAAGGGCAUAAAACAAUAUAUUUGUUUAUCUGGGGAAGGGUAUAAAACAAUUUCUAGAGUGUUGACAGUUUCCAAGACGACAGUGGUCCCCAUCAUUGGGAAAUGGAAAGAAUACGGAACUACCCAGACUCUGCCUAAAGCUGUCCGUCCAACCAAACUGAACAACCGGGCAAGAAAGACCUAGGUCAGGGAGGUGAACAAGAACCUAAUGACCACUCUGACAUAACUACAGAGUUCCUUGGCUGAGAUGGGAGAACCUUCCAGAAGGACAACAGUCUCUACAGAGAAAAAGGCACAUGACAGCACGCCUGGAGUUUGCAAAAAGGCAUGGAAAGACUCUCAGAGCAUAAGGCAAAAGAUUGUGGUCUGAUGAGACAAACAUUUUACUCUUUGGCCUGAAUGCAAAACGCUAUGCAUGGAGAAAAACAGGUACAGCUCAUCACCCGUCUAACACCAUCCCUACCGUGAAGCAUGGUGGUGGCAGCAUCAUGCUAUGGGGAUGCUUUUCAGCAGUAGGGACUGGGAGACUGGUAAGGAUAGAGGGAACAAUGAAUGGAGGCAAAUACAAGCAAAUCCUUGAUGAGAACCUGCUUCAGAGUGCAAACGACCUUAGACUGGGGCGAAGAUUUACAUUCCAACAGGACAACGAUCCCAAGCACACAGCCGAAGCACGGCUGGAAUGGCUUCAGAACAAGAAUGUGAAAGUCCUUGAGUGGCCCAGCCAAAGCGCAGACUUGAAUCUCAUUGAAAAUCUGUGAAAAGACUUGAAGACUGCUGUUCACCGCCGCACCAGAUCUAAUUUAACAGAGCUUGAGAAAGAUUGGGAGAAAAUCCCCAAAUCCAGAUGUGCAAAGUUGAUACAGACAUACCCCAGACUACUCAAAGCUGUAAUCGCCGCCAAAGAUGCUUCUACAAAGUAUUGAUUCAGGGGUGUGAAUACUAAUGUAAAUGAGAUAUUUCUGUAUUUAAUUUUCAAUACAGUUCAAGACAGCUGACAUUUUUAAUUUUCGAAUUUCUUUAGAGAAUAGAUAGCGUUGCCAUAAUUUUUAAAAAUAAUGUAUUAUUAAUGGUGUAAUUGUUAUCUUUAGUGUUAAUAAGCCCAUGAAUGUGAAACAAAAAGCAGGACCCACAGGGAAACCCACCCAUUGGUCUUCCCCCCCAUGUGAACCAUUCCCCCCAGGGUAUGUGCAAGAAAUGCAGUCUAUAAUCUAGAUCUUCACAGUAAGCCAAGUCCUCCCUGAGAAAUAAAUUCAGCAGCGUAAACAGAGGGAUAGAAAAAGAAAAAAGGAAUUGUGUGGUAGCCUAUAUUGGACUGGCUAUCUAUCCUAAACAGUUUAGCCCAUAGGGAUGCAAUGCGUUGUAGCCCCACAAGGAAGCAACGACAGUCUGUAUGACACUUCAAUAUAUUGUCCAUUGUUCAUUAAUUGGCGGGGAGUCAUCAUUGUCUAAAUAUCCUGGACCAUAGGCAAUAUAAUAAUAAUGAAGUCCAAUGUUCAGCAAUAAUAAUAAUAAUGAUAGGGUUCCUUUUACCCAAUUGAGGGGGUGUCCUCAUCAUUGUCUUAUGCUGAGGGCAGCAUCACAGCCAUAGCCAUGAUUGUGCAUGGAUAGCAUACCUGAAUAUUGAGCCAGUCAAAUUGGGGUUAGCCUAGAUCUGUCGGCUAGUCCCCUUGUGUGUUAUGCUUGAUGUGCUUCUCGAAGAAGUCUUGAGCCGCCUUGGCAGUGGAAAAUGUGUGUGUUGUAUUCUGGAUGGUCAAGAUGAGUUUUGCCAGGUGAAUGAAGCCGCAUCUCAGGUUUAGCUUGCGUAGCUGGGGUCGGCCACUUUCUUAAUAUCAAUUGAUUUUAGUUCCUUUACAACUUCCGAGAGUACAAUCUCUGUAAAAUGAAAUAGAUGAACUGUAGGCUUGGCUUGUGGCAGUUUCAUGCACAGGCUAAUUUGAGAUAUUAGGAUGGGUUUCAUUAUCAAAUAAAUGCCCAGCCUUAGCAAAAUGCUCAUUAAACAUGGCAAGCAGUUUAUUCUUGUCUGUCAUGUCAAUUGAAUUCUAGGUACAUUUCAGCAGAAUACCAGUGGAAUUUGUGUUAGCAUUAAUGGACUUGGUUUUCCAUAAUUUUGACUGGUUAUUGAGGUUUGCACUAGUAGAUUCGUAAUAGGACGCAAGGUAGCCUAGCGGUUAGAGCGUUGCUCUAGUAACCAAAAGGUUAGUUCCCCUAGCCGACAAGAUGAAAAAUCUGUCUGUGCCCUUGAGCAAGGCACUUAAACCUAAUUGCUCCAGGGUUGCUGUUGAACCCAACAUAUAUGCUUGUUUUACUCCAAUGUUUGUAAACAACAAAUGUAAACAAACACUGUAUAGCCUCAACUUAAACUAUAAAAAAAAUAUCACAUUUACAUUUUAGUCAUUUAGCAGACGCUCUUAUCCAGAGCGACUUACAGUUAGUGAAUACAUAUAUAUAUAUUUUUUAUACUGGCCCCCUGUGGGAAUCGAACCCACAACCCUGGCGUUGCAAACGCCAUGCUCUAUCAACUGAGCUACAUCCCUGCCGGCCAUUCCCUCCCCUACCCUGGAUGACGCUGGGCGAAUUGUGCGCCGCCCAUUAGUCUCCCGGUCGCGGCCGGCUGCGACAGAGCCUGGAUUCUAACCAGGAUCUCUAGUGGCACAGUUAGCACUGCGAUGCAGUGCCUUAGACCACUGCGCCACUCAGGAGACGCUCCACCUCCCUCUUACGUUGUAAAACUUCUCAAGGAAGGAGGCCAUCAUGUUGUAAAAAAGACUGCUGUGAGCAUCUCAUCUGGCCAAGCAUCUCUUGAUGUCUGGUCUGGCUGGCGGCUUCAGAAUCCCUCAAGAACCCAGGGAGAGGGUCAUCUUCUGCUCUUCCCCUCCGCCUUCGAGGGGUCGGUAGACUGGACUGCGUGGUUGGCCUCAUUGGUGGGCACUUCGUGGCCAUUAAGUCCCAAAGCUUCAAGUCUCUUGAUCUCCACGCCUUCUACUGUGCCCAUAACUGGAUAAUCUAUGUCAAGAGAAGUUCUAUUUCAUUAAAAUACUGAAAACGGAUUGUGCCUCUCCCUGUUGUACUAUUGUUGUAUUUUAUAUUUUUAUAAGCAUUCUCAAGGGUGGACCAUUUUCUGGCUACUUUGUCUGGAUCUUUGAAUUGGAUGGACAGCUUGGCUGUCAGGUCCAGCCGAAGUAUAAUUUUUCCCCUUCACUGCCUUCGCCCUGGCAUUCAGUUCUGCAAGGCUUUUUGGCAAACCUCUGCCACCUGCUUCCAAAUUCUAUUGCAUUAAGUCAGUAAGAAAGAGGGUUUGCUCUCUACUGUAUGAUCCCCAGCUAGUUGGUUCAGGGGCAACUUGAGGGGUUUGUUUUGAUCCUGAUCAAUGAGCAAAUUCAUGUUCUUGUCUGCGUACACUGAAACCCAAGAGACAGGACAGGUCGUUUUAGCCUAGAGAACAAAACGGGCUAGAGAGGUUCCGGCCUGUUGUAGCCAUUUACUGUUUUCGAAGGAAUUAUAUACAUUUUGGUGAGUGCUUAAAUGUAAUGGGAUCGGGUAAAAUAAGUUUUAUAAUGAUAGCUAUUAGCUAUUUUCAACAGCAUCUGCACUUGCUAGCUAGCGUUAGCUAGUGCUUUCUACUCUAGUGCCAGAGAUGCUAGCAAGCUAGUAAACUAUACGGAACAAAAACAUAAACCAAACAUGUAAAGUGUUGGUCCCAUGUUUCAUGAGCUGAAAUAAAAAAUCCCAGAAAUGUUCCAUAUUCACAAAAAGCUUAUUUAUCUCACAAAUGUUGUGCACAAAUUUGUUUACAUCCCUGUUAGUGAGUAUUUCUCAUUUGCCAAGAUAAUCCAUCCACCUGACAGGUGUGGCAUAUCAAGAAGCUGAUUAAACAGCAUGAUCAUUACACAGCUGAUCGUGGACUUCAGGAAACAGCAGAGGCAGCACCCCCCUAUCCACAUCAACGGGACUGCAGUGGAGAAGGUGAAAAGCUUCAAGUUCCUCGGCGUACACAUCACUGACAAUCUGAAAUGGUCCACCCACAGAGACAGUGUGGUGAAGAAGGUGCAACAGCGCCUCUUCAACCUCAGGAGGCUGAAGAAAUUCAGCUUGGCCCCUAAGACCCUCACAAACUUUUACAGAUGCACAAUUGUCGGCUGUAUCACCGCUUGGUACGGCAACUGCACAAUCCGCAACCGCAGGGCUCUCCAGAGGGUGGUGUGGUCUGCCCAACACAUCACCGGGGGCAUACUGCCUACCCUCCAGGACACCUACAGCACCCAAUGUCACAGGACGGCCAAAAACAUCAUCAAGGACAUCAACCACCCGAGCCACGGCCUGUUCACCCCGCUACCAUCCAGAAGGUGAGGUCAGUACAGCUGCAACAAAGCUGGGACCGAGAAACUGAAAAAACUGCUUCUAUCUCAAGGCCAUCAGACUGUUAAAUAGCCAUCACUAGCCAGCUACCACCUGGUUACUCAACCCUGCACCUUAGAGGCUGCUGCACCAAAUACAUAGACAUGGAAUCACUGAUCAUUUUAAUAAUGGAACACUAGUCACUUUAAUAACGCUUUACUCAUCUCAUAUGUACAGUUGAAGUCGGAAGUUUACAUACACUUAGGUUGGAGUCAUUAAAACUCGUUUUUCAACCACUCCACAAAUUUCAUGUUAACAAACUACGGUUUUGGCAAGUCGGUUAGGACAUCUACUUUGUGCAUGACACAAGGAAUUUUUCCAACAAUUGUUUACAGACAGAUUAUUUCACUUAUAAUUCACUGUAUCUCAAUUCCAGUGGGUCAGAAGUUUACAUACACCAAGUUGACUGUGCCUUUAAACAGCUUGGAAAAUUCCAGAAAAUGAUGUCAUGGCUUUAGAAGCUUAUGAUAGGCUAAUUGACAUCAUUUUAGUCAUUUGGAAGUGUACCUGUGGAUGUAUUUCAAGGCCUACCUUCAAACUCAGUGCCUCUUUGCUUGACAUCAUGGGAAAAUCAAAAGAAAUCAGCCAAGACCUCAGAAAAAAAAUUGUAGACCUCCACAAGUCUGGUUCAUCCUUGGGAGCAAUUUCCAAACGCCUGAAGGUACCACGUUCAUCUGUACAAACAAUAGUACGGAAGUAUAAACACCAUGGGACCACGCAGCUGUCAUACCGCUCAGGAAGGAGUUCUGUCUCCUAGAGAUGAAUGUACUUUGAACAACAGCAAAGGAACUUGUGAAGAUGCUGAAUGAAACAGGUAAAAAAGUAUCUAUAUCCACAGUAAAACUAGUCCUAUAUCGACAUAACCUGAAAGGCCGCUCAGCAAGGAAGAAGCAAUUGCUCCAAAACCGCCAUAAAAAAGCCAGACUACGGUUUGCAACUGCACAUGGGGACAAAGAUUGUACUUUUUGGAGAAAUGUCCUCUGCUUUGAUGAAACAAAAAUAGAACUGUUUGGCCAUAAUGACCAUCGUUAUGUUUGGAGGAAAAAGGGGAACGCUUGCAAGCCGAAGAACCCCAUCCCAACCGUGAAGCACCGGGGUGGCAGCAUCAUGCUGUGGGGGUGCAUUGCUGCAGGAGGGACUGGUGCACUUCACAAAAUAGAUGGCAUCAUGAGGAAGGAAAAUUAUAUGGAUAUAUUGAAGCAACAUCUCAAGACAUCAGUCAGGAAGUUAAAGCUUGGUCACAAAUGGGUCUUCCAAAUGGACAAUGACCCCAAGCAUACUUCCAAAGUUGUGGCAAAAUGGCUUAAGGACAACAAAGUCAAGGUAUUGGAGUGGCCAUCACAAAGCCCUGACCUCAAUCCUAUAGAACAUUUGUGGGCAGAACUAUUAAAGCGUGUGCGAGCAAGGAGGCCUACAAACCUAACUCAGUUAUACCAGCUCUGUCAGGAGGAAUUGAGUGUAUGUAAACUUCUGACCCACUGGGAAUGUGAUGAAAGAAAUAAAAGCUUAAAUAAAUCACUCUCUACUAUUAUACUGACAUUUCACACUCUUAAAAUAAAGUGGUGAUCCUAACUGACUUAAGACAGGGGAUUUUUACUACGAUUAAAAGUCAGGAAUUCUGAAAAACUGAGUUUAAACGUAUUUGGCUAAGGUGUAUGUAAACUUCCGACUUCAACUGUAUAUACUGUAUUCUACUGUAAUUUAGUCAAUGCCAUCUGACAUUGCUCGUCGUAAUAUUUAUAUAUUUCUUAAUUCCAUUCUUUUAUUUUUUGAUUUGUGUGUAUUGUUGUGAAUUGUUAGAUACUACUGCACUGUUGGAGCUAGGAACACAAGCAUUUCGCUACACCCGCAAUGACAUCUGCUAAAUAUGUGUAUGUGACCAAUACGAUUUGAUUUGAUUUGACAGGUGCACCUUGUGCUGGGGACAAUAAAAGGCCACUCAAAAUGUGCAGUUUUGUCACACAACACAAUGCCACAGAUGUCUCAAGUUUUGACGGAGCAUGAAAUUGGCAUGCUGAAUGCAGGAAUGUCCACCUGAGCUGUUGCCAUAGAAUUGAAUGUCUUUCUGACAAAAUUAGAAACGUGUAAUAUCUGAAAAUGUAGUUAGCUAGACUAUCUUACCCGUAUACAUGGAUGAACGCUUCUCCCGCUCUGUCACGGAUGCCAUGGUUGCCCUUAGUUUGAAGAUGUAAUCCGGAGACAGGUGUUUUAUACAAUAGCCUUCUGUGUGUUCUCUUUUCGAGUCCGUCUGCAUAUUUACACUCUAAAUGCCAGAAUUUCUCCAUCUCCUUAGCUGUCAUACUCUAAUUCCACUGAUUUCAAAACUCGGUCCUCCAGAAAGUGGAGAGCAACACUUAUGCAGUUCUAUUACGUGAUAUCUUUAGAAAGGAUUACCUACACAUACUGACCAGCUCAUGUUAUAGACAGAAGCGUGCUACAUGGCAGACCAAACCGAACUCAUCUCUCGGUAUGUCCAGUCCACUCAUUAUCUCAGCCAAUCAUGGCUAGCGGGAAGGUUGCUGUCUUUUUCCGUAGCUAAACCAACUAGGCUCGUAAUUUAACAAUUAUAUUCGUAUUUACAGAUGGCAUAAAAGUUGGUUAUUAAGGCACAUGAAAGUUCACAUGUUCCAGAAGGAAUUUCUGCCAAAAAAUGCAUUUUGAUUUUUUAAAAAAGUUUACGUUCAAAUGGCGCUCCUUUGAAGUAGUGACAUACGCCUAGUUUCCUGAAACAAGUCACAAAUAAAGAUAAUACCCUUCCUACUUUCUAAUCACAUAAUUAAAUAUAUUAAUUCAUGUGCACCACACAUUUGUUAAAGCUAUAGUUCCCUGAAAUGACAAAUACACUAUAUCCUAUUGAUAACCUAUUGAAGUUUAAAAGCUUAGCUCUGGAUGAGUAAACUGAUAUAUUUUCUGGUCUCUGACACCCAAAGUCAGUAAACUACAGUACUUGCUAGUUAUCAAUAAAAUGUGGUAAGUUUGUAAUUUUAGUGAAAUACCCCUUCCACAGAGGUUUUCGUAUCGAUAUAGACCAAGACAAAAACACUUAUGCCUCUCCUAAGAGCCUUAAACAUGCUCUAAGGCACCUGCAUUUAUUUAUUUUACCAUAAAGAGCUUAUGUUAUGGCCAUUCUUCUGAAAAAGUAGUGAUUUAAAAAAUAUAUACUUUAAAAAGAGGACCAGAACCUAUUAUAUGAAUAAAGGACUUGGGACUAUAAGGUUCUAUCAGCAAAAUAUAUAGUUUUGAAAUAAUUAGUACUUUUCAAGUCCCAGAUCUCAGAACUGUUUUGUGAUGUCUUCCUCUUUCAUGACUCAAUAAGUAUAUCAGCUUACAUACAAAUAUUUUUAAUUGACAACCCAGCAUUGUUUGAUUGGAUUGCAGAUGGAACCUUAUAGCACCAAGUUAAAAGGUGUUUGCGCAGAUAGAACUUUAUGAUUUACAAAAUAUUCAUCUUAAAUGUACUUUUUUUUUCUCUGACAUCGCCAAAGGUAUGUGGACACACAAAUGAGUGGAUUCGGCUAUUUCAGCCACACCCGUUGCUGACAGGUGUAUAAAAUCGAGCACACAGCCAUGCAAUCUCCAUAGACAAACACUGGCAGUAGAAUGGGCUCAAUGACUUUCAACAUGGCACCGUCAUAGGAUGCCACCUUUCCAACAAGUCAGUUUGUAAAAUGUCUGCCCUGCUAGAGCUUCCCUGGCAACUGUAAGUGCUGUUAUUGUGAAGUGGAAACGUCUAGGAGCAACAACAGCUCAGCCGUGAAGUGGUAGGCCACACAAGCUCACAGAACAGGACUGCCGAGUGCUGAAGCGCGUAAAAAUCAUCUGUUGCAACACUCACUACCGAGUUUCAGCAUGACAAUGCAACCAUGCGGAAAGCGAGGUCCAUACAGAAAUGGUUUGUCGAGAUCGGUGUGUAAGAACUUGACUGGCCUGCACAGAGCACUGACCUCAACCCUAUCGAACACCUUUGGGAUGAAAUGGAACGCCGACUGCGAUUCAGGCAUGUUCAAGAUAACAUGUAUAGGGUCUGUGGAGAUAUUCACAAUUACUGUAAUAAUAAUCGCAGAAUCUUGAACGGCAUUGAUGACUUGCACCAUGUACUUUUAAUGUAAAAAAGCAUUCCAGGUCAUUUGGUUCUGCUAUUAGAUGAAGCACAGUGAUAACACAUUAAUCUGUUGUAUAAACAAACUAAAUAUCUGACAUUGUAUUCCCAUUUUAACUUUUAUGUGCUUUUAAGUGGUUGAAAACGCAGUGAUACACAUUUGGGUGACAACUACACCAAACAUCUAACACUGUUUUUCCAUUGGAAUUUGGUUGUGCUUUUAGAUGGUUGAAACCAUAGUGAUAACACAUUGGAAAUUCAACUAACUUUAUAAAACCAAAUAUUACCCAAUUAUCCAUGUUGAAAUGAUGUGGUGUGCCCAGUGGGUAGUUUAAGUACAGUGCCUUCAGAAAGUAUUCAUACCCAUUGACUUAUUCAACAUUUUUGUUGUGUUACAGCCUGAAUUAAAAAUGGAUGACAUUUAUUUUUUUCUCACCCAUCUACACAAAAUACCCCAUAAUGACAAAGUGAAACAUGUUUUUAUAAUAAAUAAAUAAAUAUGAAAUACAGAAACAUCUCAUUUACAUAAGUAUUCACACCUGUGUCAUUACAUGUUAGAAUCACCUUUCAGGGUAAGUCAGCUCUGUCAAGUUGGUUGUUGAUCAUUGCUAGACAGCCAUUUUCAAGUCUUGCCAUAUAUUUUCAAGCGGAUUUAAGUCAGUACAAAACAGUAACUAGGCCACUCAGGAACAUAUAAUGUCGUCUUGGUAAGCAACUCCAUUGUAUAUUUGGACUUGUGUUUUAGGUCAUUGUCCUGCUGAAAGGUGAAUUUGUCUCCCAGUGUCUUUUGUAAAGCAGACUGAACCAGAUUUUCCUCUAGGAUUUUUCCUGUGCUUAGGUCUAUUCUGUUUCUUUUUAUCCUAAAAAACUCCCUUGUCCUUGUCGAUGACUAGCAUACCCAUAACAUGAUGCAGCCACCACCAUGCUUGAAAAUAUGAAGAGUGGUACUCAGUGAUGUGUUGUGUUGUGUUGGAUUUGUCCCAAACAUAACGCUUUUUAUUCUUUGCCACAUUUCUUUCAGUUUUACUUUGGUUCCUUACUGCAAACAGGAUGCAAGUUUUAGAAUAUUGUUAUUCUGUACAGGCUUCCUUCUUUUCACUCUCCCAUUUAUGUUAGUAAUGUCGAGUAACUACAAUGUUGUUAAUCCAUCUUCCGUUUUCUCCUAUCACAGCCAAUAAACUCUGUAACUGUUUUAAAGUCACCAUUGGCCUCAUGGUGAAAUCCCUAAGCGGUUUCCUUCCUCUCCGGCAACUGAGUUAGGAAGGACUCCUGUAUCUUUCUAGUGACUGGGUGUAUUGAUACACUAUCCAAAGUGUAAUUAAUAACCUCACCAUGCUGUAAGUCGCUCUGGAUAAGAGCGUCUGCUAAAUGACAAAAAUGUAAAUGUAAAAAUGUAAAGGUAUAUUCAAUGUCUGCUUUUCUUUUUACCGAUCUACCAAUAGAUGCCCUUCUUUGCGAGGCAUUGGAAAACCUCCCUGGUCUUUGUGGUUGAGUCUGUGUUUGAAAUUCACUGCUCAACUGAGGGACCUUACAGAAAAUUGUAUGUGUAGGGUACAGAGAUGAGGUAGUCAUUCAAAAAUCAUGUUAACACUAUUAUUGCACACGGAGUCCAUGCAACUUAUGUGACUUGUUAAGCAAAUAUUUACUCCUGAACUUAUUUAGGCUUGCCAUAACAAUGACGUUGAAUACUUAUUGACUCAAGACAUUUCAGCUGUUAAUUUGUCAUUAAUUUAUAAAAGAUUUGAAAAAUAUAAUUCCACAUUAUGGGGUAUUGUGUGUAGGCAAAAAUCUCAUUUGAAUCCAUUUUAAAUUCAGGUGUAACACAAUAAAAUUUAGAAAAAGUCAAGGGGUAUGUGUUACAAAUGCACAGAGGCUUGUUGUGCAAUUAAACUUAACGUCUUUACUUCAGAUCAACAUGUUAACAACUCGUACAAACUCACUCAUCCAAUCCUCACACCUCCGUUCACGCACAAUGUGUCUGAUACAUUCUUGAAGCAACAGUAUUCAAUACUCAACUGAGGUACGACACCAUAUUACUGAACACAACAGUGUGAAUACUAACUGAUCAACACUGAAAAUUCUAUAUUUAUACAUCAUAAAUGUAUCAUUGACAUCAAUUUACGUUGGAAGGUAAAACCAAAUAAUUUAUCGAUGUGGCUGUAAAUGCUUCAUCAUCAUACUCCAUCAGCCAGUGUACUUCAAUAAGACAAAGUGCAAAUAUUUACUCUAUGUGCUACCAUUUGGAAUUAUAGGGCAGUGUGCAAUGGACUGCUGAAAUACCUGGGUCGUAUAUAACAAUAUAUUCCACUCAUUAACUGAAUUUCUAGACUGUAAGCUGAUGAAUUUUGUCAAGCAGACAAUACUUGUCAACUGAUACUGUAUCAGUUGACAAGUCACAUAGAAAAGGUGAUCUUGUACAAUGUUGCAUGGGGCAGAAAUGGCAUAAACACAUUGUGCUCCACCAAUAUCUUUUGACUGUAGGCUACUGCUUAACAAUACAUUCUAACCCUAUAUCUGAUUAUUUCCUCUAUGUACAGUAUGUAAUACUUUUUAUAAUACUGUAUGGAAAACAGUAUUUACCAUCUAUAAUUCCUUCUAUUCAGCACUUCAAAAAGAACAGUUGUGAAAAUUGUAUCAUGUAUUUUUUACUAUUGGAUAAAUGUUAGUUAAAAUGACUAAAUGUGGGGCCUAUCAUUAUCUCAUGUAUUGGUGACUAAACCAAAUGUUCUCAUGGUAUUUCAUGAGAAACUUUGAUUUUGCAUGAAUGACUCAGGGGUGAAAGAUGUGUUCAACUCCAAUGAAUGCACAAUAAAACGUUUGGAACAUACAGUAAGAUAGAGAGCAUUACAAGUGUUAUCAGUUUAGAGUUUUGUACUUUGGAUGCGUUUUGACAGGAAGCCAAAUCCAGAUCUUUUGAGAAUUAAUUGGCAUAUCUUUUCCCAAAUGUGUAAACAGCAAAAAAACACAUGGAAUCUGAUCUUUUAGUUCAGAUUUAUAUCACAUCUAUAUGUGGAUCUUAGUACUGAUACAAUUCAGUCCCCAGCCUGGACGUUUAUACCGGCAGCCCAAUGCUGAUCUUUUGCCCAAUUAUUGGUCAAAAUAUACUUUUGUUCUGAAGUGUUUUUUUUUACCACUACAACUACCCCAACUUUUAAAGAAACAGUGACAGGAAAUGAGCAUUGCAUCUGUGUGUUACUUUAGAGGCUACAUCAGUGUGAAUUAGCAAAUCUGAUAUGUGUCACAUAUAAAACUGUCAGAAAAAAAGAUUGGAUGUGAACAAAAUAAUCAGAAUACGGUUGUUAGGGUGGCUGUGUAAACACAGCCUUAGUGUUUUGAAAAUAUACCACCUGCAUCUGAAAAAUGCGCAAAAGUGAUUGAAAAAAACUGUAAAUCAAUCCAGGCCAGGACUUUUUAAGAAAGUUAGAAAGUGGCUGAUGAUGAAUUAAACAUAUGCUUAUGGCAUAUCAACAGCAUUUCUAAGAAAACACUUGGAAAGUGGAGAUGACAUAGAACGUCAAAAAGUAAACAUUGUGACGUGUAUCCAUGCGUAUCCACUUUUUAUGUGUAUUGUAUAUGACAAUUUUAUUUAUGCAUUGUACAGUGUGUGUGUGUGUGUGUGUGUGUGUGUGUGUGUGUGUGUGUGUAUACAGAUGAAGUCGGAAGUUUACAUACACCUUAGCUAAAUAUAUUUAAACUCUGUUUUUCACAUUUCCUGACAUUUAAUCCUAGUACAAACUCCCUGUCUUAGGUCAGUUAGGAUCACCACUUUAUUUUAAGAAUGUGAAAUGUCAGAAUAAUAGUAGGGAGAAUUAUUUAUUUCAGCUUUUAUUUAUUUCAUCACAUUCCCAGUGGGUCAGAAGUUUACAUACACUCAAUUAGUAUUUGGUAGCAUUGCCUUUAAAUUGUUUAACUUGGGUCAAAAGUUUCAGGUAGCCUUCCACAAGCUUCCCACAAUAAGUUGGGUGAAUUUUGGCCCAUUCCUCCUGACAGAGCUGUUGUAACUGAGUCAGGUUUGUAGGCCUCCUUGCUCGCACACGCUUUUUCAGUUCUGCCCACAAAUGUUCUAUAGGUUGAGGUCAGGGCUUUGUGAUGGCCACUCCAAUACCUUGACUUUGUUGUCCUUAAGCCAUUUUGGCACAACUUUGGAAGUAUGCUUGGGGUCAUUAUUCUCCCGAGUGGCGCAGUGGUCUAAGGCACUGCGUCGCAGUGCUAGCUGUGCCACUAGAGAUCCUGGUUCGAAUCCAGGCUCUGUCGUAGCCAACCGCGACCGGGAGACGCAUGGGGCGGCGCACAAUUGGCCCAGCGUCGUCCAGGGUAAGGGAGGGAAUGGUUGGCAGGGAUGUAGCUCAGUUGGUAGAGCAUGGCGUUUGCAACGCCAGGGUUGUGGGUUCGAUUCCCAUGGGGGGCCAGUAUAAAAAAAAAAUGAUGUAUGCACUCACUAACUGUAAGUCGCUCUGGAUAAGAGCGUCUGCUAAAUGACUAAAAUGUAAAUGUAAAAUGUAUUGUACAUUUGGAAGACCCAUUUGUGACCAGGAUUUAACUUUCUGACUGAUGUCUUGAGAUGUUGCUUCAAUAUAUCCACAUAAUUUUCCUUCCUCAUGAUGCCAUCUAUUUUGUGAAGUGCACCUGUCCCUCCUGCAGCAAAGCACCCCCACAGCAUGAUGCUGCCACCCCUGUGCUUCACGGUUGGGAUGGUGUUCUUCGGCUUGCAAGCAACCCCAAUUUUCCUCCAAACAUAAUGAUGGUCAUUAUGGCCAAACCGUUCUAUUUUUGUUUCAUCAGACCAGAGGACAUUUCUCCAAAAAGUACAAUCUUUGUCCCCAUUUGCAGUUGCAAACCGUAAUCUGUUUUUUUUUAUGGCGGUUUUGGAGCAGUGGCUUCUUCCUUGCUGAGAGGCCUUUCAGGUUAUGUCGAUAUAGGACUCGUUUUACUGUGGAUAUAGAUACUUUUGAACCUGUUUCCUCCAGCAUCUUUACAAGGUCCUUUGCUGUUGUUCUGGGAUUGAUUUGCACUUUUCGCACCAAAGUGCGUUCAUCUCUAGGAGACACAACGUGUCUCCUUCCUGAGCGGUAUGAUGGCUGCGUGUUCCCAUGGUGUUUAUAAUUGCGUACUAUUGUUUGUACAGAUGAACGUGGUACCUUCAGGCAUUUGGAAAUUGCCCCCAAGGAUGAACCAGACUUGUGGAGGUCUACAAUGUUUUUUCUGAGGUCUUGGCUGAUUUCUUUUGAUUUUCCCAUGACGUCAAGCAAAGAGGCACUGAGUUUGAAGGUAGGCCUUGAAAUACAUCCACAAGUACAACUCCAAUUGACUCAAAUUAUGUCAAUUAGCCUAUCAGAAGCUUCUAAAGCCAUGACAUCAUUUUCUGGAAUUUUCCAAGCUGUUUAAAGGCACAGUCAACUUAGUGUAUGUAAACUUCUGACCCACUGGAAUUGUGAUACAGUGAAUUAUAAGUGAAAUAAACUGUCUGUAAACAAUUGUUGGAAAAAUUACUUGUGUCAUGCACAAAGUAGAUGUCCUAACUGACUUGACAAAACAAUAGUUUGUUAACAAGAAAUUUGUGGAGUGGUUGAAAAAAAUAGUUUUAAUGACUCCAACCUAAGUGUAUGUAAACUUUAACUGUGUAUAUGUAUGCAUGUAUUGCACCAUGCACUUUUAAUACAGUACCACAGAGUUAUGGACUAACUGGUGAACCCAACAGGCAAUACCCAACUGGGAUAUUUAUUAAAUUAAACUUCUGUACACUACAAACAAACAAAAAUACUGCUUUUAUACGCUAAAAACACUGCAUACAUAUAUAGUAUCUGGCUUAAUGGUUAGAAAAUAAAUGUUAUUGCACUGUAUUUUCCACAAAGGUUUGAUGCAAGAUUAUAUUAAAAGGUAAGGAUUUAAAUAUUCCCAACAACCUCUAUUCUUGAUGUGUUAGUUUCACUGAGGUCCUAUCGUUAUUGUUAAAUAUGUAACUGUAGUGAAUUUGUAACACUUCAUAUGAAGUAUUUUGCAAUUCCUGCAAAUUCUUGCCUAAAGGAUAAGAUUGUGCUAUUCUUGAUGGUAUGUAAUAUGUAGAGUAUUUUUAGUUAUUGGCUGUACCAUUAUGCAUUUUUUGUUAUCAAAUAAAUCACACUCUGUAAGGAGUGUAUAUCAAAGAGUGGGCCAACAAUAAAAAUGUCAACAAUUAAGCAAAUGCAUACCAUGCCAUUUUCCCAAUAAUUAUUUAUAUAAUGUAGUGCUCAAGGAACGAUUCAUCUAUGAGAGUAACACAAAUAUUUUAAACAUGAUUUCAAGCUUUACAUAAUUUGUUUACCAAGUCUCUAAUUACAACAAAUGCAUAAACAAUUGAGUAUCAGGUCCUUAGUUUUGUGGGUAUGAUAAUGCAAGAUAAUUGCACUAAUCUCUUGUACAAAAUUCAUGUUUUUCAAACUCAAGAGGUAUAUUUAUUAGUUAGUUUUGUUUCUUUGUAUACUAUAAAAGAAGAGUGAGAAUAUUUUUGGCAGGAAACUGUUUAAUUGAAAUGGCAUAUAUUGCUGUUAUCUGUAGGGUGUGGUGGGUUUUCCUGGUGAGAUGAAAUGUAAACUCAUUAUUUCACUCUCUAAUUUGAAGAAGUUUUAUUUUGUGCUGUGAUUUUGUGUUUUGGAAAAUUGAUAGUCCAUGGAAUAGGUCUAUAUGGAAAUAUGAUUUUCAGCGGUUUAGAUGGUACAAUGAUUCUCUACACUAAACAUUGCUUGUUUUGUCAUAUAAACUGAAAUUGUAGAAUUUUAGCAACCAGGCAAUGGCGGAGCGAUUUCUACAUAUUGUGCUUAGUAGAGGAGCAAGAGUCCACUGUACUUCUAUUUGCUAGUAGGCUUGUAGUGCACCACAACUGAAUAGCAUGUAUUGUGAGCAUGUUUGCCUGUUUGUUUAUUUUCUGCACACUGAAUUUAAGUAAACAGGUUAAUAAUAAACAGUUACAAUCCAAAAUGGAUGCAGUUUGACAAAUGUAGUGAUAUACCUGUUUAUAACACCACCCGCCACUGUGACAAAAGCUUGACAGCUGGGAGUUCCUGCAGUAACACUUUUGACCGGGGCUGAGCUUGCAUUUUUUUGCUGAAUGGCUUCCUUUACUAGAAUUGAAGGAUGUGUGAGUGUUCCAUGACAUGGUGAAAUAACUGAAAAACAGGAACUGUGGACAGAGGAAAAAUUAUGGGGCAUUGGCUUGUUUAACCACUUCAAUUCUAAUAGGAAAGCAGGUCCUGGGAACUCCCUGUGUCUGCUGGGCAUCAAUUAAACUGAGCAAGAGUUAGACACUAACAAGUAUACCAGGAUGCUUUAGAGAACCAAUUACAGUGGGGAAAAAAGUUUUUAAUCAGCCACCAAUUGUGCAAGUUCUCCCACUUAAAAAGAUGAGAGGCCUGUAAUUUUCAUCAUAGGUACACGUCAACUAUGACAGACAAAAUGAGAAAAAAAAAUCCAGAAAAUCACAUUGUAGGAUUUUUAAUGAAUUUAUUUGGAAAUUAUGGUGGAAAAUAAGUAUUUGGUCAAUAACAAAAGUUUCUCAAUACUUUGUUAUAUACCCUUUGUUGGCAAUGACACAGGUCAAACGUUUUCUGUAAGUCUUCACAAGGUUUUCACACACUGUUGCUGGUAUUUUGGCCCAUUCCUCCAUGCAGAUCUCCUCUAGAGCAGUGAUGUUUUGGGGCUGUCGCUGGGCAACACGGACUUUCAACUCCCUCCAAAAAUGUUCUAUGGGGUUGGCUAGGCCACUCCAGGAUCUUGAAAUGUGUUUUGGAUCAUUGUCAUGUAUCGGUGUGUUUGGGAUCAUUGUCAUGCUGAAAGACCCAGCCACGUUUCAUCUUCAAUGCCCUUGCUGAUGGAAGGAGGUUUUCACUCAAAAUCUCACGAUACAUGGCCCCAUUCAUUCUUUCCUUUACACGGAUCAGUCGUCCUGGUCCCUUUGCAGAAAAACAGCCCCAAAGCAUGAUGUUUCCACCCCCAUGCUUCACAGUAGGUAUGGUGUUCUUUGGAUGCAACUCAGCAUUCUUUGUCCUCCAAACACGACGAGUUGAGUUUUUACCAAAAAGUUCUAUUUUGGUUUCAUCUGACCAUAUGACAUUCUCCCAAUCCUCUUCUGGAUCAUCCAAAUGCACUCUAGCAAACUUCAGACGGGCCUGGACAUGUACUGGCUUAAGCAGGGGGACACGUCUGGCACUGCAGGAUUUGAGUCCCUGGCGGCGUAGUGUGUUACUGAUGGUAGGCUUUGUUACUUUGGUCCCAGCUCUCUGCAGGUCAUUCACUAGGUCCCCCCGUGUGGUUCUGGGAUUUUUGCUCACUGUUCUUGUGAUCAUUUUGACCCCACGGGGUGAGAUCUUGCGUGGAGCCCCAGAUCGAGGGAGAUUAUCAGUGGUCUUGUAUGUCUUCCAUUUCCUAAUAAUUGCUCCCACAGUUGAUUUCUUCAAACCAAGCUGCUUACCUAUUGCAGAUUCAGUCUUCCCAGCCUGGUGCAGGUCUACAAUUUUGUUUCUGGUGUCCUUUGACAGCUCUUUGGUCUUGGCCAUAGUGGAGUUUGGAGUGUGACUGUUUGAGGUUGUGGACAGGUGUCUUUUAUACUGAUAACAAGUUCAAACAGGUGCCAUUAAUACAGGUAACGAGUGGAGGACAGAGGAGCCUCUUAAAGAAGAAGUUACAGAUCUGUGAGAGCCAGAAAUCUUGCUUGUUUGUAGGUGACCAAAUACUUAUUUUCCACCAUAAUUUGCAAAUAAAUUCAUUAAAAAUCCUACAAUGUGAUUUUCUGGAUUUUCUCUCUCUCAAUUUGUCUGUCAUAGUUGACGUGUACCUAUGAUGAACAUUACAGGCCUCUCUCAUCUUUUUAAGUGGGAGAACUUGCACAAUUGGUGGCUGACUAAAUACUUUUUUUCCCCACUGUAGCUGAAAGACCUUGAGAAUAGGCAUUUUUCACAACUGUUAAAAUAGAUUAAAUACAGUGCCUACAGUAUUCACACCCCUUGACUUUUUCCAUAUUUUUUUGUGUUACAGCCUUAAUUUAAAAUUGAUAAAAUGUAGAUUUUUUUUUGUCACUGGUCUACACACAAUACCCCAUAAUGUCAAAGUGGAAUUAUGUUUUUUGAAAUAUUUACAAUAUAAUAAAAUGAAAAGCUGAAUUCAAUAAGUAUUCAAACCCUUUGUUAUGCCAAGCCUAAAUAAGUGCAGGAGUAAAUAUGUGCUUAACAAGGCACAUAAGUUGCAUGGACUCACUCUGUGUGCAAUAAUAGUUUUUAACAUGAUUUUUGAAUAACUACCUGAACUCUGUACCCCACACAUACAUAUAAUUGUAAGGUCCAUCAGUCAAGCAGUGAAUUUCAAACACAGAUUCAACCACAAAGACCAGGGAGAUUUUCCAAUGCCUCGCAAAGAAGGACCGCCACAGGAAUGGAAGACCCAGAGUUACCUCUGCUGCAGAGGAUAAGUUAAUUAGAGUUACCAGCCUCAUAAAUUGCAGCCCAAAUAAUAUGGUGUGGGGGUGCUUUUCUGGUGACACUGUCUAUGAUAUUUUUAGUAUUCAAGGCACACUUAACCAGCAUGGCUACCACAGCAUUCUGCAGCGAUACGCCAACCCAUCUGGUUUGGGCUUAGUGGGACUAGGCUGUCUCAUCGCUGUCGGUGAUCAGGCCUACCACCGUUGUGUUGUCAGCAAAGUUAAUGAUGGUGUUGGAGUCGUGCUUGGCCACGAAAUCGUGGGUGAACAGGGAGUACAGGAGAGGACUAAGCACGCACCACUGAGGGGCCCCUGUGUUGAGGAUCAGCGUGGCAGAUGUGUUGUUGACUACCCUUACCACCUGGGGGCAGACCAUCAGGAAGUCCAGGAUCCAGUUGCAGAGGGAGGUGUUCUGUCCCAGGGUCCUUAGCUUAGUGACGAGCUUUGUGGGCACUAUGGUGUUGAACGCUGUGCUGUAGUCAAUAAAAAGCAUUCUCACAUAGGAGUUCCUUUUGUCCAGGUGGGAAAGGCAGUGUGGAGUGCGAUUGAGAUUGUGUCAUCUGUGGAUCUGUUGGGGCUGUAUGCGAAUUGGAGUGGGUCUAGGGUUUCCGGGAUGAUGGUGAGCCAUGACCAGCCUUUCAAAGCACUUAAUGGCUACCAACGUGAGUGCUACGGGGCUGUAGUCAUUUAGGCAGAUUACCUUCGCUUUCUUGGGCACAGGGACUAUGGUGGUCUGCUUGAAACAUGUAGGUAUUACAGACUCGGUGAGGGAGAGGUUGAAAAUGUCAGUGAAGACACUUGCCAGUUGGUCCGCGCAUGCUCUGAGUACACGUCCUGGUAAUCCGUCUGGCCCCGCGGCCUUGUGAAUGUUGACCUGUUUAAAAUGUCUUGCUCACAUCAGCUAUGGAGAGUGUGAUCACACAGUCAUCCUGAACAGCUGGUGCUCUCAUGCAUGCUUCAGUGUUGCUUGCCUCGAAGCAAGCAUAAAAGGCAUUUAGCCCGUCUGGUAGGCUCGUGUCACUGGGCAGCUCAUGGCUGGGUUUCCCUUUGUAGUCCGUAAUAGUUUGCAAGCCCUGCCACAUCUGACGAGCGUCAGAGCCGGUGUUGUAGGAUUCAAUCUUAGUCCUGUAUUGACGCUUUGCCUGUUUGAUGUUUCGUCAGAGGGCAUAGCGGGAUUUCUUAUAAGUGUCCGGAUUAGUGUCCCGCUCCUUGAAAGCGGAAGCUCUAGCCUUUAGCUCGGUGCAGAUGUUGCCUGUAAUCCAUGGCUUCUGGUUGGAAUAUGUACUUACGGCUGUGGGGACGACGUCGUCAAUGCACUUAUUGAUGAAGCCGGUGACUGAGGUGGUAUACUCCUCAAUGCCAAUGGAUGAAUCCCGGAACAUAUUCCAAUCUCUGCUAGCAAAACAGUCCUGUAGCGUAGCAUCCGCAUCAUCUGACCACUUCCAUAUUGAGCGAAUCACAGGUACUUCCUGCUUUAGUUUGUGCUUGUAAGCAGGAAUCAGGAGGAUAGAAUUAUGGUCAGAUUUUCAAAAUAGAGGGCGAGGCAGAUGCAGUCUCCACGAACGCGGGAACAUUGCCUUUAAAUUUAAGUCACGCUAUAGCACGGACCUUCUGCGGUUCAGAUUGAAUCUAGGCCUUAAACUUCUAGAAAAGUUGUCAUGCUACUUGAUGUCGGGAGAGCUAUAGUUGCAAUGCGUAGGGUCCACUGGACCAUCAGUGUUUUCUCCAAUCAAGGGGUCAAACAUGUUUUUUUGCAUUGUCCCCAAUGCAAAUGUUAUAAAUUGUUUCAAGUUUUAAGUUUUAAUGUCACGUGCACAAGUAUAGUGAAAUGCCUUUCUUGCAAGCUCCAAACCCAAUAUCAAUGUAGCACUAAAAAUAACAUGAGGUCAAACAAAAACACACCAGAAAUAUAAACAGGAAGAACACGAGAAAGUAAGAAGCUAUAUACAGGAUCAGUUCCAAUACCAUAUUUACAAUGUGCAGGGAUACUGGAGUGAUAGAGGUAGAUAUGUAUAGGCGUAAGGUGACUAGGCAUCAGGAUAUAUGAUAAACAGAGUAGCAGCAGCGUAAAUUAUGAUCGUAUGUGAGUGUGGGUGCGUGUGUGUAGAGUCAGUAUAAAUGUGUGUGCAUGUUGUGUGUGUGUUGGAGUGUCAGUGAGCAUGAGUGUGUAGAGUCCUGUGAGUGUUCAUAGAGACAGUGCAAAAAUAAAUAUAAUGUUCAGGAGCCUGUUGGUGUCAGACUUGAUGCACUGGUACCGCUUGCCGUGAGGAAUCUAGAGAACAGUCUAUGGCUUGGGUGGGAGUCUUUUGACGAUUUUCCGGGCCUUCCUUUCACACCGCCUGAUAUAGAGGUCCUGGAUGGCAGGGAGCUCGGCCACAGUGAUGUACUGGGCUGUCCGCACCACCCUCUGUAGCGGCAUGCGAUCGAGGGUGGUGCUGUUGCCAUACCAAGCAGUGAUGCAGCCUGUCAAGAUGCUUUCAAUGGUGCAGCUGUAGAAAUACCUGAUAUUGUACUGUAAAUUCCUCACAUUUUAAGACUUCAAUAUUUAGUAUUUAUUAGGAUCCCCAAUUAGCUGCUGCCGAGGCAGCAGCUACUCUUCCUGGGGUCCAAAAAGGAAACAACACAAACAAAUACAUAAUAUACAUAAAUAUACAUACAUAGCACUACAUUCACAUUACAAUUUAGCCAUUCAGCAGUAUUAUAUUAAAACUCACAAUAUUAAAACUCACUCGACUGUUUUGCAUUGUUCGAAGCUGCAAGUGCUCUCCAGUCUCCAACGUCGUGCAACGUAACAAUGGGUGGUAAAAAGCUUUUUGAGCGGCAUAUCUGUCGGCAAAGCUAGGGCUCAAUUCCCAUAGGGAGUACUGGAGAUCUGUCCACCCUAUUAGCAUGAAUAAAGUAAUAAAGUAAUCCAAUACCUAUUUGGAGUAAACGUCUAUUCUGGUAAGUGGGUAACCCAAUAAAUGUGUCUUUUACCUACAUAAAACACUAUCUAAAUAAUCCAAUCAUGUCACUUGUUCUUUGUCUUUUGUUAGCUGAUGCUGUACUGUUUGUUUCUAUUUAAUCAAUAUUACAUUCAAGAGAUACUGUGAUACUGUAUUGUCAGUUCAACAACUCACUUGAUUAAAUGGUGCUGUGUCUCAGUGAAAGGCCUAAGGGAUGGAUCCUACUGAUGAAUGGUGCUAGAACAUGUAGUGGCAGGCUGAGUAGCCGGGGAGGGUUAGUGGGUAGUGUGGGGGUGAGGGCUUGCUUGUUUUCGUUUUCUGCAUACACAACACUUUAAGCGGAUGUGAGCCUCUAUGACCUUUUCAUCCAUUUGCCCUCCUGACCUCCAGCCACCUGACUCUUGUUUUUCAGUGGAGCCGGAGUUCAAGUAUGUGGGGAACAUGCACGGGAACGAGGUGCUUGGUCGGGAGCUGCUGAUCCAGCUCUCCCAGUUCCUGUGUGAGGAAUACCGGGCCGGAAACCAGAGGAUCACACGCCUCAUCCAUGACACGCGCACCCACAUCCUUCCUACCAUGAACCCAGAUGGUUAUGAAGUGGCUGCCAAGCAGGUACUGACUGUGAUGUUCACUACAGUUGUAUUGAUGUUGUCAACCCACCACCUCUCUCAUGACUCAUGAUUAACCCUGAACAAAAAUCGUGCAUAAUUUGGUCAGAUGCUCGAUUAA